AUGGUCCGAACAGAUGUGUUCAUUCGAUCACUGCUUCGUCUCGGGCUCGGCUGGAGCUCUGCAUUCUUUCGCUACGACCAACGCACCAACGAAUUCAAAAGGCAUUUGAAGGAUAUCCGGGUCUCUGGUACUAGCUCAAUGGUACUGGAAAAUGUGAUUGAACAUGUGGCACAAUGUGGUACCAACAUGCAGCGUAUGCGGUUGUUUGCACAAGACCCGCCAGCCAAAUGCAGAAAACUCUCUGCUUUGUUCACAUUAAGCAGCACGGUUGCUGUGAUAAUUUUCAACCUUGAGCAGCAGAUCUCUGAUCAAUCAAAAAGCAUUGCCUCACUCUUGCAAAUAAAGGCAAUGUUUCACCGCUGCGGAGACUUAAUAGGUGUACUGGCAGCUGUUGUUGGUGCUGCGCAAAAGGCCGUCUCGGACGCACAAGCCAUGUCAAUUGUCGUGGAACGUGCUGCAUUUUUUGCCCAGAAGUUUGGCUGGAUGGAGAACCUUCUGCAUGAGACUGUGAUCCGAGUGACUCGGCCAUGGUUCAAAUUCAUCGAGAAUUGGAUAGGGCUUACACCCGAAGAAACUGCCCUCACAGCAUCAAUGGCCAGUGGCAAAACCUUCGUCCGACUGGAUACUCAUGACGCUGCCAAGAUCAAGACUGGGCUAGCACGAAUCGACCACAUGUAUCAAGCGGAUCAUAUGCCGUCUUUUAUCCCGGCCGACCAAGCCCGGUCCAUAUUUGAAAGUGGGCGAAGUCUUCAACUAUUGAAACGAUCCCACCCUCGACAUCCCAUCGCACGGCCUGAUGUUCUUUUCCGAACUGGUGGUCUUCAUCUGCAUUGUGCGACCACUUGGGCUGGUAUUGAGCAUAUUCAAACAAAAGCUCAGGAGUACGAGUCAAUUCUCCGUGCUGAGAUCAAGAGAUAUCAAGAUGGUGAUGCCGACUUGCAGGAUUCACCAUCAAAUGUGGCCUCCCGGGAUGUCGGUCACACCGCCGAGACAGAAGUUACGACGGCAGCCUUUGAACUCUUCGAUCUAGAUGAAAAAAAUGCUUCAGGGCCGGUCACCGAUCACAAGGCUCUUUCAAAAGAUGAUUUUAAGCACCUGCUCGACAAAGCCCGGGGAUUUGAAAUCGACCACACCAGUGAAGGAACCCACCUCGGUCCUGAAUUGAUGUCUGGCCUCCAUCUGUCUAUUGCGCCUAUUCUUUCGUCACAAGCACUUCUCAUUGACUACUCUUGCCUGCACCUUCUCUUCAAAGAGCAUCGAAUUCGCCAUCAUUUGAACAUGCAAUGGCGUUUCCAGUUGCUGGGAGAGGGCUCAUUUGUCGCCCGCCUUUCUAACUCCCUAUUUGACCCGGAGAUGGAAAGUGGAGAGCGAAAGGCUGGGAAAGUGCGCAGUGGUGUUGGCACCGGUUUACGACUCGGCAGUCGUGACACAUGGCCGCCAGCUAGUUCAGAGUUGCGACUCGUGUUGAUCGGCCUGCUAGGAGAUUGUUACUUUGGCUGCACAAACACAGAGGAUGAUGAGAAACCCCGCAUUCGAAAGGAUAACGAAUUGCCUGGCGGCCUGAGCUUCGGAAUUCGAGAACUGACAGACAAAGAAAUCGAGGGAUGUAAAAAUCCGAAUGCAAUAGAAGCUUUGGACUUCCUUCGUCUACAGUACACACCGCCAGAAGUCCUUCAAUCCCUCAUUACUGCUCGCUCUUUAAACAAGUAUGAUCUUCUCUUCAAGCAUUUGCUUCGUUUGAUACGCAUGGUUUCUGCCGUGAAAGGACUUAUCCGGGAUUCUACUGCUCGAGGAUCUCUACCAGGAGACACACAUGAUGUAUACCAAAAGUUCAGAAUGGAUGCCCAGCACUUUGUGCUUGCGGUCAGUGAUUACUGUUUCCAUAUUGGCAUUGGAUCUAUCUGGCAACGUUUCCAAGGCACACUUACUAAGAUCGAGCACUGCCUCAACCGCGGUGAUAUCGACGGUACGAUUGAAGCGGCGCACUCGGUACCACGACUUCGCGAUUAUCACGAAGACAUGCUUGACCAGAUGCUGUUCGCGUUAUUCCUCAGCAAGCGCCAUGCGCAAGCGGCCAAACUGCUUGAAUCCAUUUUUGGUACUAUUCUCGGCUUCGGUCUUCUCUCAAGAGCAGAUGGAAUCGGGAUGCGCAAUGAAAGCGAAGGAGCCGUUCUUCAUCUGUACCAGUCUUUUAGAAAACAGACAUCCGCCUUUGUCAACUAUCUUCGUAGCCUGGAGUCCGGGAAGGCCACUUCAAAAUCAAUGACCAGAUCCGGUGAAUUCUUCUCGUCGCGGACAGACCCAACCAGCGUCUUUGAGCAUCUACGGGUUAGACUAGACAUGAAGAACUACUAUUGA